UUGGCGCGCACUGCGCAUGCGCCUCGGAAGUAAAACUUGGCUGUGCAGGAGCGCGGCCUCGGGACCUGGGACCCGGGACCAGGACUCGGCCGCCACCGCCGCCACCAGCAGCAGCGCCGCGCAGUGAGGACGGUUGCCAGGGAGACGCAGUUGCCAUGGAGGAGCCCGGCUCGACGCGCAGGGCGGAUGGGUCCUCGGAGUCCCUGUCGACGCUGAACAGCGACGAGUACGUGGUGGUGGCGUCCGGGCAGGCCGACGACACGGAGCGCCCAGCCCUCAAGAUCGUGGGCAAUGGCAGUGAGCAGCAGCUCAGGCAGGUGCUGGCCGAGGUGCUCAGCGACGCCACGGACUCCUCGCCCCGCGAGGCCGGCGGCUCCCUGGAGCUGGCGCCCAGCGGCCAGGGGGACGGGGCGUCGGGCGGAGGAGGGGGAGGCGAUGAGGUGGAGGUGGAGAGGGAGGCGGAGAGGGUGGGAGCAGAUUUGAUGGAGGAGGUGGAGAGCGAGACCAGCACCCCGAUGGUCAGCCCUGUGGCGACCCCCACCACCCCCGACAUUGACCCCUGGCAGCUGGGGGCUGGAGGCAAGGAGGAGGAGAACGUGCAGUUCAGCAAGCUCACGUACCUGGGCUCGGCGUCGGUGAACGCCCCACGCAGUGAGACGGAGGCGCUGCGCAUGAUGGCGCUGCUCCGCGAGCAGUGCCAGGUGCCCAUCGAUGUGACGCUGUGCGUCCCCAACACGGCCGAGGGCUCCGUCAGGCUGCUGGACCCGCACACGGGCGUGGAGAUCUCCAGCUUCCCCAUCUACAAGAUCCUGUUCUGUGCCCGCGGCCACGAUGGCACCGGCGAGAGCGACUGCUUCGCCUUCACCGAGAGCCAGUGCCGCGCCGAGUUCUUCCGCAUCCACGUCUUCCGCUGCGAGAUCCGCGAAGCCGUGAGCG